CUUAUCCCAGAUCAAAUGACAAAAUAUCUGAAUGAGGCCCAAGGUGGAAAUCAAUCACAAGUGAUCGAAUUUGUACUCUUAGGACUCUCAGACAAUCCGGAUCUACAAGUUAUCUUGUUUGUCUUAUUUCUAUUAAUCUAUAUGGCUACUAUGGUAGGAAAUUUGGGGAUGAUCAUGCUGAUUAAGAUUGAGCCUAGUCUCCAUACCCCCAUGUACUUCUUCCUCAGCAGCCUCUCCUUUGUCGAUGCCUCCUACUCUUCUUCUGUGACUCCCAAGAUGCUGGUGAACCUUGUGGCUGAAGAUAAGACCAUUUCUUUCAAUGGAUGUGCUGCUCAAUUCUACUUCUUUGGCUCCUUCUUAGGGACUGAGUGCUUCCUAUUGGCCAUGAUGGCGUAUGACCGCUAUGCAGCCAUUUGGAAUCCCCUGCUAUAUCCAAUUAUUAUGUCUGGGAAAGUUUGCUUCUUAUUAGUGGCUACCUCAUUCCUUGCAGGGUUUGGAAAUGCAGCCAUCCACACAGGGAUGACAUUUAGAUUGUCCUUUUGUGGAUCUAACAGGAUCAACCAUUUCUACUGUGACACCCCACCCCUGCUUAAAAUUUCCUGCUCUGACACGCACAUUAAUGGGAUUGUGAUCAUGGCAUUCUCCAGUUUUAAUGUCAUCAGCUGUGUUAUUAUUGUCCUUAUUUCCUACCUAUGCAUCCUCAUCGCCAUCUUGAGAAUGCCCUCAUUAGAUGGCAGGUACAAAGCCUUCUCCACCUGUGCCUCCCAUCUCACUGCUGUCACUAUAUUCUUUGGGACAAUUCUUUUCAUGUACUUGCGUCCAACAUCUAGUUACUCAAUGGAGCAGGAUAAAGUUGUCUCUGUCUUCUAUACAGUGGUGAUCCCUAUGCUCAAUCCUCUCAUCUACAGUUUGAAAAACAAAGAUGUGAAAGAGGCCCUAAGGAAAGUCUUAAAGAAAAGUGUCGUGUGA